AUGGCCCGGCUCCUCGAUGAUGGAUCAACUAAGAGUGCUCUUGAGCACCGCUUUCGUCCUAUCAAGCGAGAGGCAGCUGACAUGCUAGCUGUCAUUGCUCGUGAAUACGGUGAUGGCGUCACAGGUAAGGCUGUAUCCGGUUAUUUUGAGCGCGUGAAGAAAGAACCGCACUGGAAUCGUAACAAGUCAGUUGCUGAUAUAAGCAUAGAAGGUACUCCGAAGACGCCAAAGACGGCAACCCCUCGCAAGCGAGCUCCCAAGGCCAAGAAGGGUGCUUCCCAAGACGAUGGUGAUGACUCAGAGCCGCAAGAGUUCGACACCCCGUCCAAGAAGAAGGCUACCCUGAACAAGGUCAAAGGAGGUCGUGUUACCAAGACUGGUCGUGCGAAGGCUUUGAGUUAUGCCGGCCAAGAUAUGGAUGAGGACGAGGAGGAGGAAGAGGACGGGGGACGCAUGGUUAAGAUGGAGGAUGCCCCUGUUUCUUCCAACGGUGAUGGCUUUGAGGAUGGCAACGGUUAUGAGGACCAUGGUCACCAGAACGGAUAUGCGGUCAUUGGCGCUGAUGAACAUGACGAGCAAGAUAACUUCUACAAUGCUGCCGAAGAUUACGGCGAGGCCUGA